AUGUUCGCCAGAUCAAGAUUGACCACCCAACGUCUCACUAGAAACUUCCAAACUUCUUCCAGAAGCAUGAACAAGAUCUUUGGUACUCCACAAGAAGGUGUUUACUCCAACAUCCCAUUCAAGGUUAAGAACAGAAAGAUCCCUCUUGCUGUUCCAUACUGGGGUGUUCUUGGCUUCUUCUUUGCCUUCCCAUUCUUGGUCUCCUGGUGGCACAUGAAGAAGGCCGGCUCUUUUGACAUGUAA